AUCUGGAUGUGUGAAAACUUUUUGUUUCUGUUUGUUUUGUUUUUUGCUAAAAAUAGUUACCAAGCUGUUAGGUUCCUCUUAAAUUCCUUGAAGUAAAAAGCCGAGAUCAUUCAGCAGCAGCAUCCACACCAUUCUGUCAAACAUUUACUCAUUUUAUCAAAAAGAGCCAAGGCUUAAUCAAAUACUGUGAUAACACUUGUUAGUUCUUGAGGUGGUGUGGGGUGUUAAAAAUCUUCAAUCAAAAUGCAGAUAGAAGAUGUGAAUGUGCAAUGUGGCAGGUUGAAACUCAAGUACAAGGGCAACUAUGAAAGAAAGGCAAGACUAAUCAAAGAAAGACACAUUUGUAUAUUCUUUAUGUAUUCAUGAAUUAUUAGUUAGUUCUACUGUAACAGACUGGCGACCUGUCCGCCUACACCCAACAGUAUCCAGGGUAGACUCUGAGAGCCCCAUGACCCCAAAGGGGGUUAAGUGAAUGGAUGGCUGGAUUAUUUUUUACUCUUUUUAUAACUUAAUUAUCAGAGGAUGCAAAGCACACAACUCAUAAACUGAAUUUCAAAUUUGUUUUGCUGGCAACUGUUCUGACUUUGGGUAAUAUAAAAUGAGUGGACACAUGUAGAAUAGGCCUAAGGUCAGUCAUAACAAGCCCAGAGGCUAUUUGUAUGAGCCAGGAGUAAAGACUGAAUAUGAAACAGAACAGAUUUUUGUAACCUGGCUCCAUCACACUAGCAGACAGGAAAGGGAAAAAAAAGGAAGUCUGGAAAAGUUUUUGCGCAAGAUCAGCACACACUCAGACUAUGAGCAUUCUUUCACAGAAUCAAAAACAGCUAUGACAACUCCAGCUUUUAGUGUUUUCAGAUUAAACAUACAUGAAGAGGUUUCUCCAAGCUCUGGACAUCCAACAACUACCUUCUCUGAUGAUGCCACCACUGAGUAUGAUUAUGACUAUUUCCUACAGUUUGAGACCUGUUAUUAUGAGAAAUUAGGAGCUCGUUUCAUUCCGGCCAUGUAUUCCAUGUUCUUCCUCCUGGGGCUGCUGGGAAACUCUCUGGUCAUCUGGGUCGUUGUUUGCGGAGCACGACUCCGCAGCAUGACUGACAUGUGCUUGUUGAACCUGGCCAUUGCUGACCUCCUCCUGGUGUGCUCCCUCCCUUUCUUGGCAUAUCAAGCCAGGGACCAGUGGCUGUUUGGAGAUGCUAUGUGCAAGAUUGUCCUGGGCGUUUAUCAUGUUGUCUUUUACAGUGGAAUUUUUUUCAUCUGUUUGAUGAGCAUCGACCGCUACUUGGCUAUAGUCCAUGCCGUUUAUGCUAUGAAAGCACGGACACUGUUCUUUGGAAGGAUUGCAGCUGCUGUUACAUGGACGGCUGGAUUUUUGGCCUCCUUUCCUGAACUGAUCUUCAUUAAACAGCAGACAACCACAAAUGUAAGCGUGUCUUUGUAUUGCUUCCCGGCACUUUCUAAGAAAACAGAGAAAACAGAUUCCAGCUCUCACUUUUGGACAAUCUUCAGCAUUUUCAAAAUGAACAUAAUGGGGCUGUUUAUCCCUCUUUGCAUCAUGACUUUCUGCUACUCACGGAUCAUCUGGAAGCUGCUGGACAGCCACUCAUCCAGAAAGCAGCCCAUUCGCUUAGUUUUACUAGUGAUUGCUGUUUUUUUCUGCUGCUGGGUUCCCUACAACAUCUCAUCAUUGUUCAAAGGGCUGGAGCUCCUUCAGAUCUACAUGGGAUGUGAGAGCAGCAAUUCUAUCAGACUGGCUUUACAAGUCACAGAAGUCAUUGCCUACUCUCACAGCUGUCUGAAUCCCAUUUUAUAUGUAUUUGUUGGGGAAAAGUUCAGGAGGCAGCUGUUGAGAUUGAUAUCCAAAACUCCCUGCUUGUUGUGUCAGAUGAUCAAGGUCUACAUACCACAGAACAGAAUCUUUGGAUCAACGUACUCACAGAAUACAAGUAUGGAGGAGAGAAGCACUGCAGUGUAAUGGGUGUUCUGCAAUACGAUAUCAAGCUGAUAAAUCUAGUUUUGUUUUAAUGAAAAAUUGUGAUUGGUGAUUCUGGUUUUGUCUAAUGCUGUGUAAAAAAAAUGCAUGAACUUUAUGUAAAGAUUUCACGUUCACUGCAUAAUUUUACCUACCAUACUUUUCAGAGUAUAAAUCGCAUUUUUCGAAUAGUUUAGCCAUAUUAUAUUUCAAGAAAUAAUAACAACCCAUAGAGGGCACUGUAGGUGUGUAUAUCAGUAUUUGCUACUAACAGCAACGUAGAAGAUGAAGCGCCACUCAAUCUUACACCAGGCUAGAUGGUAUUGAUCCAAGGCGACAUGUUCAAUGAAGGAUUCAAUAGAUUUGGUGAUUUGAAGUGAUAUAAAGAGUUAGUUGACUUGUAAGCAUGUUCUGUAUAGAUAUUUUAUUUUGCUAAAAAAAAACAACACACAAUUUAUACUCCAGUGUAACUUAGACAAGAUUGUUUCUUCUUUAUAAAUCAUUGUUUUGGCUGUUGUGACUUAUACUCCAGAGCGACUUACAAUCCGAAAAAUAUACUUUUCCAUCUUGCAUUCCAUAACUCAUGAAUGCAAGAUGGUAAAAGUAUAUACCAUCUUGCAUCCAACAAGGUGGUAUUUACUUUGCAGUCUUAGAAUCACAAUGUAUGAUGUUAAAUGCCACACAAGUAUGCUUUUCAGUAGAACGCAUCAAAUCAAUCUUUUAAAAAGACAUUGAUUAUAUCAGUGAUGAGUCAGGUUUGACUGUCUCAUCAUCAGUCAGCUGAUUUAACUCUGAAAUUGUGCCACCAAGGCAGAAGUUAAAUUUGAUCCAGAUUAGAAGCCUCAAAAUCCCUGUUUGUCAGUCUUCAAACAUUUUCAUACUAGUUUUUUUGUAAUUGACAAUUAUCUCUUUUAUAUAAUAUUUAAAACAAAGCAUCCUUCUUAUGUUACCAUAUAUUUGACCAUGCAUCUGAGUUUGCAUUAGGCAUGAAGAAAGGUGGCUAGAGCCACUUGCAGGGUUUACAUUGUUUUUAAAGCCUCAUUUAAGCUUUUGCACCUAACCACAACAUCAAGGAAACCACAGUUUGAGAGAGGAAGCACGUAACCAAGGUGUCAGUUAAACCUUGGCUGCCUAAAAGCAUAGCUAUACAGCACAGUGUCCCUGCCUGCAGUGUUUUGCCUUUACAGUGACUGCUGUUGAAACGAAAAGGGCCAUUUUCUAUUUUUUUUUCUUUUUACAUUUUUUGUUGUUUUGUUGCUGUUGAAAGUUUUAAUAGAGCUGGAGCAAAAAAUGAAUAAAAAUGCUGGAACCCAAAGCAGCCAAGGUGUUGAUGCCUUAAAAAGUUUACGGCUGGUAUUUAUGAAUUGAGGUUGUGUUUUAGCCCCUCUCAAACUGCAUUUCCUGCUUGCAGCUUUUAAGCGCAAGAUGUGCUGUUGUCUUUUGCAAUCUUUGUUUUACAUUUAUUAAAUGCACUGUAACCAAUAAUUGUUUUGUUGCACACUUUCUUUUUUUCUUUUUUGUCUGGGUUUUCAUGUAUUUCACUGUAAAUUUGCAUCAAAAACAGCUUUUAAUAAAAUUACACUUUUCCCCUGAAA